AUGUUUAGUUAUCUACACAAUUCAUCACCAUACCAAUCGUAUCAGCGUCUUGAAGAAGGUCGUCCCGAAUCUUCACGUGCAUCAUAUACAAAUGAAAAGGUUGAAGACUUAACAACAAAUGUCGAUUCUGAAGCAAUAGACCAACUAGACUCAUGGUAUUAUUUGUUAUUGGGAAAGGGCAUCAUUACUAUUAUUUGGUUUUUGAUAAUUUUGGUGAUUAUUUUGUCCACUGGACUCGGAGAAAAUAAAGAACCUAUUUCCCUUAUAAAAUGA